CCUCAACCAACCAACCACUCAACCAAAUACUACAUCAAUCGAAGAUGUCUGCUUUCCAUCGAACAAUACAGACCGAUCAGGUCCCUCCCAACCGGCGCUAUAUUAAUAGCUUUCGAUUUGAUUUGUAUGAUAUAAUCAGGAAUGACCCAACUCUUAUUGGGAAGCUGCAAAUUGCAGCUCGAAAGUCCGGAUUGUGAGAUGUCACAGAAAUCCGAACCAACAGACCCGACGACAUAUAUGGUUACUGAUCUUUGGCUGCCACACUAUCCAAGAGCUAGCUGGCACGGAUCUGGCUCUACAACACUGGGUUGAUAAAGAGCUACGCCACCUUAAGAUCCUUCUUGAGAACUACCGAAUAAAUAGAAUCCCUCCAACAGGAAAUGAAUUCCUCGAGAGAUUGCGUGGUUGUGACUACACAGCAUGGACUAUACAGCUGAUGGACGAGGUGGUGUUGGUCAACUCGCAGCCAAAGAAUUGACACAAGAACCCAAGGGAACUGAAUAAGGGAUGUUGCGGGGUUAGAAGAGGCAAAAGACUGUAAUUAGGUUCACGAUCAAUAAAACAAUAAACCAAGUCCCUC